UCUGGCCAUGUCGAUAAGCGGGACUUCGAUGCGAACCGGCCCCUCCUUGAAAAUGAAAUCAUAGACGGUCCCAAUUUGGGCUCCAAUCCAACUAUCGGGCGGUCUAGAGCGGGGUCACGUCGUUCACGGCGCUCCUCGCGUUCUGGACUCGGAGCGACCAGUGACGACGGGCUUCUCAGUGAUGUCGUGGAUGGUAUUGUCGAGCGCGAUCGACGGAAAAUGCAUAAAGAGGUUAUACGGGUUAUAAGCUUUGUUUGGGGCAUUAUCACCUGCCUAGGUGCGGGUAGCAUUACUGCGUUUUCGUUAUAUGGGCAUCUGUUUCUGACCAGGCUUCAUUACACGCAACUCCGGGUCAAUGCGAUUUCUAUUGCGGCUGAGAUCGCGAUGUACCUGCUGGUUCCCGUCUUUGGCUAUCUAUGCGAUCGGUAUAGCCCGUCUCCAUUAUCCUUGGCUUCGGGUGGGUUGUUUGGAUUGGGGUAUCUUCUUGCUGCGUUCACAUAUAAAAGUGGCCCGCCUCCAGACGUCGGGGGCUCUGGGUGGCCGUUUUGGGUGAUGAUUGUGUCUUUCAUUGCUAUUGGAAUGGGCACAAGCUGCAUGUAUCUCGCCGCUGUGGCGACCUGCGCUAAGAAUUAUGGCAGGGGAAAGCACAAGGGCAUCAUGCUUGCAUUGCCAAUUGCAGCCUUUGGGUUGAGUGGCAUGUGGCAGAGCCAGUUGGGAACUUAUGUGCUGUGUGAGCGUGACGUCGAUGGUAACUGCGGUGAUGUGGAUGUGUUCCGAUACUUCCUUUUCCUGGGCAUUGUUUUGCUGGUGACUGGAAUCAUUGGUACAUUUGCCUUGCGCAUUGUUGAUGACGACGAAGAGCGAUACAUUGAUGAGACUGUCGAGGAGCUGGAGCGCAGUGGGCUUCUUGAAGAAAGCGAUUUCUUCCGGCCUAGAGGUGAGAUCCGAGCAGCGGUAGAAUACGGUACCUUUUUGGACAAUGACGCAGAGGACACACUCUCUGGGGAAGAGCGAGAAGAGAGACGACGAGUGAAGGAAAGGGAGGAGGAAGAGCGUCGAAAGAAGAACUGGCUCCUGAAUUACGAGACUCGGGUGUUCCUCCUCGAUCCUACCAUGUGGUGGCUUGCCGCUGGGUUUUUCCUGGUCACUGGACCUGGCGAGUCAUUCAUCAAUAACCUUGGUACUAUUAUUCCCACCCUAACGCCCCCAUCUUAUGCCCUCAAUUCUCCCCCACCAGCCGGUCUUCCAUCCACUCAUGUCACCACCAUCGCAUUGACGUCUACCAUUGCCCGACUGCUCACCGGAUCUCUCUCCGAUUUCUUUGCACCACCAGCAGUCCAUCUAUUUCCUCCAAUCCCAGAUAGCCGUCGACACACAGUGCCCACAGCAGAGAACAACCGCCCCACGUUCUCCCGUAUGGUCUUUCUCCUACCAUCAGCACUUCUCCUUUCAAUUGGCUACCUCAUCCUCGCUUCCCCGCUCGCACUUGAACUACCCCCUCUCUUCCACCUAACCACGGCGCUCGUUGGCUUCGGCUACGGAAGCGCCUUUUCCCUCACCCCCAUCAUCAUCUCCGUCGUGUGGGGCGUAGAGAACUUUGCCACGAAUUGGGGUAUCGUAGCUAUGAUGCCCGCCAUCGGUGCCGCAUUGUGGGGCGUGAUCUAUUCCGCUGCGUACCAAAAUGCGCUGGAUGAUGGCAGUGGCAGUAAUAUCGAUGGUCAAUGUCAUGGUUGGCGAUGCUAUGGCUUCUGGGCUGUCGGCUGCACUAUUAGCGUUUGGGUUGCCAUCGCGGUUUGGCUUGCUGCUUGGAGAGGCUGGAAGCGACGAGGAGUGAUUGUUUAG